ACCUAGUGAAAUCAAUCGUUUUUACAUUUGGCUAUUUAAUUAUUUAAUUUACUCCACUUAUUAGCAUGGAUAGAGCAGCUGGCUAUGGAAUGGGUAAGCUAGUUUGAUGGACAGAUACUGUAAGUGCAAGCGAUAGAUGCAACGGACAGUUCGCGGGUGAGGAGAGAGGGUGGACAUGGAGGGAGCUUGGCUUAAAAUACAGAACAUCAUGAUGUGGAUUGGAAUGUGUUUAGGCUAUUACUAGCAUCAUCAUUUCACUGAAUUAUAGACUAGACAUUAGGAAUAUUUUUGGAACAAAAAACAACAUUAACCGGUUCUCAAGAUUUGAAAAGAACGUUUGUUUCAUUUCCUCAAUGUUAUUUUUUGGGUUCUGUUCCAACCCCUGCCGUUCAAUAUACUGUACAUUACUAGUGGGUAAAGCACAGACAUUGACUUGCAUGCUAUCACUACCCACCUGUUUGCAUCAAUACAGAACUCUGAACAAUUGACCCAUCUUGGGUUGUGUUGUAGGCCCAGAACAGCAUGGAGCCCCUGGAAAUGUUCAGCUACAUGCAGGCCAACGGCAUCGGACUCACUCGAGCUGACCUUUACAUUACCUGGGCGGAGGAGUUCGAGAAGCACGGCAACUUCCAGAAGGCAGACGCCAUCUUCCAAGAGGGACUUAAGUGCAGAGCCCAGCCCAUGGAUAAACUUCAGCAAUAUCACAAGUGUGUGCUCCUUGUCUCUGUCCAUUCCUUGUUAGCUGUCCAAUGUCUGCCUCUGUCUACGUCAUAUACGGAAGGGAGUAGGCUGUAAACAACAUGCCACAUCAUUCAUUACAAAUAAGCCAUAGUAUUUAGAUUUUCAUUUGUACUGAACAGUAUGUACUAUUAGUUC